AUGUCCGCCGAUGACCAGCCGGUAGCGCAGGAGGAGGUUUUCCAGAAGCCGGGAGACCUCGUCGAGAGAGAUGAAGAGACUGGUGUCAUGCAAGUGGAGAGCUUGUGCAUGAACUGCCAUGACAACGGAACCACCAGAUUACUGCUCCUCCGCGUCCCCUUCUUCCGCGACAUUAUCCUCGAGUCUUUCGAAUGCGAACACUGCCACUUUAAGGACAACUCAGUCAAGUCCGCCGGCCAAAUCCAGGAGAAGGGCUCCGUAUACACCCUCGACGUUGAGAACGAAGACGACCUCCAGCGCCAGGUUAUCCGAAGCGAUGUGUCCAUUUUCAAGGUCGAGACAUUGGGUAUCGAGAUGCCCAAGGGUGAAAGUCAGCUGACUACAGUGGAGGGUGUUAUUCAGAAGAUUCACGAGUCGCUCUCCAGCGAGCAGCCAUUGCGAAAGGAGCAGGCGCCUGAGCUCCACGAUGCCCUUGUGCCAAUCAUCGACAAGCUACAGAAGAUCCUGGACCGGGAAGGCUACCCAUUCACCGUUUCUCUGGAUGACCCAACAGGCAACUCCUGGAUUGCGCCAACAACCCAUGAUACCGGACGCAAAUACAGGCGCCGCGACUACGCUCGUACCCACGAACAGAACGAGCAGCUUGGAAUCGCAUCUGAUCCCGAAGCCGUGAAGAACGAGGGAGAGACCAUUGGCAACCCAGACGACCUUGAUAUUGUUGACGGAAAGGUUUACAGUCUUCCCGCCGAUUGCCCUGCCUGCGCGAAGGAUUGCGUCGUGAACAUGCAGAAGGUCGAUAUUCCGUACUUUAAGGAGGUUUUCAUCCUAAGCAACGUCUGUGACCACUGCGGAUACCGCUCGAGCGAUGUCAAGACCGGUGGCGAGGUUCCCGAGAAAGGAAAGCGCAUUACUCUCAGCGUUGAGACUAUCACCGAUCUUCACCGUGAUAUCCUCAAGUCCGAUACCUGCGCGCUCCACAGUGAGGAGCUCGAAGUCACCGUACAGCCUGGUACUCUUGGUGGACGGUUCACCACCGUUGAGGGUCUCCUCACCGAAAUUCGCGAUCAGCUCAAGGGGCAGAUCUACGACAUUGACGACUCCGCGCAGACCGGGGGUGACAGCAUGUCUUCUUCCGACAAGGAGAAAUGGGCUCGCUUCUUUAAGCGUCUCGAUUCCGCCAUUACUGGCGAUCUGAAGUUCUCCGUGACGCUUGAGGACCCUAUGGCCAACAGUUACGUUCAGGAUCUGUGCGCUCCUGCUGCCGACCCUCAACUCAAGACGGAGGAAUAUACCCGUACCGAAGAGGAGGAAGAGGAGCUUGGUCUUAAAGACAUGAAGGUUGAGGGAUACGAGGAGGAAGAAGCGAACGAGGAGAAGAAGGGUGAAGAGGAGAACAAGUCAUGA